UUUCUGUUUUCUUUUGUCUGAUGCGACCGGAUUCCAUCAUCUCUUUCGUUCCAUUUCACUUGACCAAUGUUUGGGCGGAAGCCAUACCUUUUCGCAGGCGUUCUUGCUUGCAUCGCUGUUCUUCUUUCUCUCAGCCUCUCAAAGCGGGACCAUGAAGUAGCUGGACAUGGUCCAAGAGGUAUAAACAACACUAUACUGCUCCUGUCCAACUACGAAUAUGGCCUAGCAAAUGUGCUGUUAGCCACGAGCCAUGCCUUGCUGGUCCAUCACAAUGACAUCCAAGUUCACUUUGCGUCCUUCCCGCAACGCCAGGCAGACGCUCUCAAAAUUUCAAAGUUCGCUCGUGAACAAUUCCCAGAUGCUGGCUCAAUAACUUUCCACACGAUAUAUGGUCCAACAUAUGGCGAUGCCCUGAAUGCGCAAGGCCACUUCAUCGAUCAGGCGAUUCACCCUCCCGGUGUUGUCGGAGGUGCCCAGUUAUGUCGAAACAUGCAGAUGUAUCUCAUGCCAUGGAAUGGGUCUGAAUAUCUCAAUCUGUACGAACAAGUCUUGCGCAUAAUAGAUGAUGUCGAUCCUGCACUGGUCGUUCUUGAUCCACAGUUCGGACCUGCAUUUGACGCCACUAAGGAGAGGAGGCGGAGGCACGCCGUCAUCUCCCCAAAUUCUUUGCGUGAUAGCUUUGCGCAGUAUCAACCAUGGGGAAGCAUGUUCUGGAAAUACCCAGCUAUGGGAUCGGGAUUCCCUUAUCCAGUCCCUUGGUCUCUAAUCCCAGCAAAUAUUUUUAUGAAUCUCCGCUUCAUAUACAGUGUUUUGGCCACGCCCGAUCUUGCAGCGAAGAAGAAGUACCUGAAGGAGAGAGGUCUCUCAAAUCCGGCUGAUUUUUUCUCCGUGUACAACGAUCAAAUGACGUGGAUAUGUCAGUCUGCACUAGAAGCAGACUUUCCUAUCUCAAUCGUUCCCGAAAACGUCAAAGCAUGCGGCCCGAUUUACUUAGAUACAGCUCCAGCAGCGGGGCAAGAUCCGGAGCUGGCUUCUUGGCUAGCCCAAGCUCCCACAGUCCUCAUUAACCUUGGCAGUACGACCGACUACGACGAGGAGAGUGCCGUACAAAUGGCGAAAGCCAUUGAGAUUCUCUUAGGCGCGACCAAUGUUCAGGUCCUCUGGAAAUUCAAACGGCGGAAAUACCAGAACUACACCGCGGAUUUCAGCGAUGACUUUCUCGGACCUCUGAAGGAUAUGCUCGGCUCGAGGCUACGCUUGGAGAAAUGGAUCCAGAUCGAUCCUGCCGCGAUGAUGAAGACCGGAAACAUCAUUGCGUCCGUUCACCACGGUGGCGCGAACUGCUAUCACGAAGCCAUCGGGAACGGUAUCGCGCAGGUAGUUCUUCCCAAGUGGGUCGAUUUAUACGAUUAUGCCACGCGGGUAGAAUACUUAGGCGUAGGUGUCUGGGGUAACAAAGCCAGCGCGCCAGACUGGACUGCCGACGAACUAAGCGCUGCCUUUUUGAAGGUGGUCGGCGAAAACGAUGAGGCCGUGAUGAUACGCCAGAGGGCAAAAGAUCUGGGUGGAUUGUUCCAAGGAACGCCUGGAGAUGCAUGCGCAGCAAGGGAGCUUGCAAGAAUGGCGAAAAUAGACUAGGCGCGGCUCAAAGUACGGAUCAGAUCUUUGGAGCAGGUGAGUAGGUGGAAUAAGCGACAUGAUUGCUCUUUAUCGAACCCCGCAUGUUGUACGUAAUUCGCGUAUUUCCACUCCAUUUCCGCUACCAGUUCGGGUCCUCACUCAGAAUUCCCUUCGCGUUCAGGCCGCCCCGAUGAUGUCGGAUGAGCAUCAGUAAAAGAAAACUGCCAGAGCGUUAGCAGAGGCUCUUUUUAGUGGUUGUUAUUCAGAGCACUGAGUCGUGUGUGUCUAGUCGUUCACAGGUACGAUUUGCGGACGACUUCGCUGAAACGAAAACAGCAUUACUGUAAUGCUGCAGCACAUCCUUGAACCGAUUUCAGUUGAGGAAGCUCUUGUGAUGCGUCGGGAUAGCAGCUUGGGUAUGCAGAAUAUGAUCGAUGUUUCGAAUGUCUAUUGGGCACAUGCGACCUCCACUCCGUCUUAUGCAUGCUGAAUAUGUACAAUUGGGGCAGGUUCAUAAUCUACGCAUCUGGGAAUACCGUCUUUACCAAUUCCUUCUUAUUUACUAUUACC